AUGUCUCUUCGAACAACCCGUCUCGCAUCCCUGCUCACCCGUGCAGCCGCAAGAGCACCAUCCAUAACACUCCGCCCCUUACUGGGAGCUUCAUCCACCCAAGUUCCCAGCCAAAGCUCAAGACAGAUCCAACCAUUCCCCUUACCAAUUUCAAACCAAGUCCAAACUAGAGGCUACGCCCUCGGCGCUACAACCGGAAAGUCACAGGGUGAUCUCCUCGUCGACGAGUUACAAGAAUUAUACGAAAUUGCAAAAGAUGAAUUCGAAAUCGCAACCGACAGUACCGACAACGCCACCAUCUACGCCGCCUCCGACCGCGACUCCUGCCGCGACGCCCUAAACCAGUUCAUCGCGACCUACUCCCUCUACACAUCCUCCGAGAUCCGACCCACGGCCGAAUCGCACCAGCCGCAGCAGGCGCAGCCAGAUGAUAGUGGGAUGGAUGCUGUGGGGACGGGGUAUGAUCCUGCGGAUAUUGAGCCGGCGGUUAGGGAGGAGGUGAAGAAGAGGGUUGGACAGAGGGUUAGGGAGUUGGAGAAUGCGGUGCAGCUUUUGGAGGAGAGGGCGCAGGCUGAUUGA